UGUAAAAAGAAGAGGGACGACACCGGUGCCCCCAAACGCUCAUCUGGGAAGCUAGUAAGUGCGUCCUGCCUGCAUAAAUGCCUGUUCCAGAGCGGCGGCGGCGGGACGACAGGACCGAGCAGGAGCGCUCACGGAGCCGCGCUGGACAAACGGAUUAUUUUUUGGCUGCUCCCGUGGCGGGGUUCGAGCGCGACCCCGGGAUUCCUCAUAUUCUAUAGGCAGCAGGGGACCGGCUUUUUGACGGCACAUUAACGGAUCAGGACUUUGAACUGGCAGGACAAAUGAAUACAAAUGAAUUUAGCGACCCGAAGGAGAGACCGCGGGACCUCUCACCUCCACGCAAAGAGAGCUCUACUUUUCUGUACUCUUCUGUAUUGCACUUGUUCGUCAGGACUCACACAAGCCCUGUCUGAAGAUGUGGAUGUGUUGCAGCAGUUGGCUCUUCGUCUUGAGCAGGGUUCUCGCUCUGUCCCAUUUGGUGUCAUCCCACUACGCUCCAGCAUCAUCCUUACAGCACGGGCCCGUGUCACUGCUGCCACACGCAACAUAUUUCCACAGUCUUUCUCCUGGAACUCUACACUUGUGCUAAGCAUUCGCUCACAUCGUGCCAACUCUGCCUUCCUUUUUUCUAUUUUCUCCGGCUCACGCCUCCAGUUAGGCUUGCAGGUGUCCCCAGAUGACCUGACACUCCAUGCUGGGCCUGGCAAUUCAGUUCGCUUUCCAUAUCACCUUCACGAUGGCCGCUGGCACCACUUGGCCCUUGUACUUGCUGGCCAGACAGCCACCAUGUUGCCUGCUUGUGAAAAUGGUAGCAGUGGAACAACCCAAGAGUUUCCACUGCUCCCACCAUUUCAAUUGGACCCUCGCAGCACCUUCCGACUGGGUGGAAGCAGUGCCCUACUACCUGGAAUUGAACCCUUUGAGGGUGCAGUGUGCCAGUUCGAUGUGGUAUCCACAGGACAGGUGAACUACUGCAAGGCCAUUCGUAAGCAGUGCAGAGAAAAUGACACACACCUACCAGCACCACCCCCUCCCAUUCUGCCUUUACCAUCCACAAUGGUGCAGUCAUCUACAUCUAAUCAAACUCUUGCAGUUAUGCCUACUCUUACUCCAAGGACACUUCUCAAUGGCUCUGGCACACCUAGAGUCAGUGCCAACCAUGAUUCUGCAGGGUUUCGAGCCACAAUGACUCCUCAAAUGUCACCAAAUCAGAUAGGACUUGAACUGCCGCCAUUCCAUGGAAACUUGAACACUGCCACACCUGCACCAUCUUUCAGGGUAGUCAAAGUGCUGCCUCAAAAAAGCUCGAAACCCACAGCCUCCAAGCCAAUGUUGGGCAAAUCAAUAACUGCCACCAAACUGACAGGAUUCAGAUACACUACGGCAAAAACACAAGCGAAAAUUGUUACUGUUAAACCAUUACACAUGUUUGCAAGUCCAAAACCUACUCUCUCAAAUCUCAUUAAUGUAUCAAAACCUAACAGCUCAAAACACACUAACAUAUCAAAAGCCUUCAGCUCAAAGCCCACUAGUGCAUCAAAACUUAACAGCUCAAAACAUACCAGUGCAUUAAAAGUUAACAGCUCAAAACCACCCAGUGUAUUUAAACUGAACAGCUCAAAACCUACAAAUGCUUUAAAAUUGAACAGCUCAAGAUCCACGAUUGCAUCAAAACUAAACAGCUCAAAACCCACCAGAGCAUCAAAACUAAACAGCUCAAAACCCACCAGUGCAAUAAAACUGGACAGUUCAAAACCCACCAGAGCAUCAAAACUAAACAGCUCAAAACCCACAACUGCAUCAAAACUUAACAGCAUUAAACCCACUAUUGUGUCAAAACCAUCAAACUCAAAACUCACUAGCGUGUCAAAACCUUUUAACACAAAACCCAAUAGUGUAUUAAGACCUGCCAGCAUAAAUCCUACUACCAAAUCAAAACCCACCAAUUCAAAACAUAUAACCUCCAAACCCACACUAGUGAAGCCCUCUAAACCCACAACUGUAAAAUCUAUAGCCAUCAAACCCAUAAUUCCAAACGCUUCUAUUCCCAAACUUUCUCCUUCUCAACCUCCAUUAGAAGCUACUAGGAAAAAAAUUACCCCUACUGUCAGUUCCACUAAGCACCAAAAUGUAUCAGUAUCUUUGUCUCACAAGUUAUCAACUACCCCAAAGAAAGUAAGCCCUUUGCCAACUAAAAAGGUCCCCCCAAGCAGCACCCAACAGACACUUACACGCAUGCUCCCAAUGCCCAGAACCACGCCACUCAUUCCUCCUGCCUCAAAAAUGCCUCCAAAAAGUCCAGUUAAACCUACCAAACGCUCAGUACAUGCUACCACGGCAGCACUAGACACAGGGACGGUUGUGCCUGCUGAUGGACUUCAGGACUGGGAUCUGGAUAUAGGAGUAUUUGCUUCUCAGAUUGGACCACGAGGGCAAAAGGGAGAACCUGGGCCUCUGGGAAUUCAGGGACCACCAGGAAAACCAGGAGCACCAGGAAAAAGGGGACCGCAGGGACCACCUGGGCCACAUGGUAAUCCAGGAAGACCAGGUCCCCCAGGCCAAAAGGGUAAGAAGGGUGACCCUGGACUUUCACCAGGAAUAGCCCCUAAAGGAGAAAAGGGAGAUCCUGGCAUUAUUGGUCCUGUUGGUUUAUCUGGUGUAGAGGGUCAAAAGGGACAAAAAGGCCACCCUGGACCACCGGGUCUCCCGGGGGAAGCUGGGGAGCAAGGGCCUGAUGGAAGUGCUGGUGCCAAAGGUUAUCCUGGCAGGCAGGGACUUCCGGGACCUAUAGGGCCUCGUGGGCCAAAAGGCGUUCGGGGUUUUAUUGGCAUUCCUGGCCUUUUUGGUUUACUGGGACCUGAUGGUGAAAGAGGUACUCCUGGUCCUCCAGGGAAGAGGGGCAAGAUGGGUACGCCGGGUUUUCCUGGUGAUUUUGGCGAGAGGGGACCCCCAGGAGCUGAUGGAGAGCCUGGUGUUAUUGGUGCCACUGGCCCUCCUGGAGUACUUGGACUGAUUGGUGACAUGGGCCCAGCGGGGGUGGUUGGUUUACCUGGACUAAUUGGACUAAAGGGUGUUGCUGGGAACAUGGGCGAGCCCGGACUGAAAGGUGAUAAGGGUGAAAUAGGGCUCCCUGGACAGCAAGGGGAGAUUGGUUUUCCUGGAGACAAGGGUAUUCAGGGUGUGCCAGGGUUGCCAGGUCCUUGUGGUAAACCUGGACUCCAGGGUAGACAAGGAGAGAGAGGGCCUGUUGGGGUCCCUGGCCCACCAGGUCCUGAGGGUUUCCCUGGUGACAUCGGACCCCCUGGACAAAACGGACCUGAGGGGCCAAAGGGUGCACCUGGAGUACGGGGGUUGCCAGGACCUCGAGGAGCUGCAGGAAAAGAGGGAGAUGAGGGACCAGUUGGACUACCUGGACCAACAGGACUGGAGGGUAUCAUGGGCAAAAAAGGUUUUCCUGGCAAGUUCGGUCCUGAAGGAGUUAAGGGGGAACAAGGAGACACAGGGAAGGCGGGUCCAAUGGGAGAAAGAGGUUUGGUUGGCUUUGUGGGCCCUGUGGGUGAACCUGGACUGGCAGGAGAAAAGGGUGAUCGUGGACUGACAGGAUUACCAGGACCACCAGGUGAAAAAGGAUCUACUGGACAUCAAGGAACUCCUGGAGAGGCUGGACCUCCUGGACCCCCAGGUUCACCAGGCGCUCCGGGUUCACAAGGCCCUGCUGGCAUUCGAGGGCCUAAAGGAAGACGGGGUCCACGUGGUCCAGAUGGUCAGAUUGGCGAGGCUGGUACUGAGGGCCAAAAGGGUCCUGUUGGUCCACCUGGAAAAGUUGGAUUUCCCGGAGAGCAGGGGAAGAUUGGUGAGCCAGGAGAGACAGGGCCAAAAGGAUUCCCGGGAAUCCAAGGGCCUUCUGGAGCUCCUGGUGAAAAAGGGAUUGCAGGAGAACCAGGACCUUCAGGAAUACCAGGAACAAUAGGGCCUCUUGGAAACAUUGGACCAAAGGGUCCACCAGGAAAAGUGGGUGAAAUGGGAGUGUCUGGUGAACCAGGAGAGAAGGGUGCAUUGGGAGCUGAAGGGAGUGCUGGAGCUCCAGGCCUUAUUGGACCCAGGGGAGAACCAGGUUUGGAGGGUGAACAUGGUCCUGCUGGUCCUGAUGGUGCCAAGGGUGAAAAAGGUGACAUGGGGCCAGAGGGUGAACCUGGUGCAAGGGGUGACCCGGGGAUCAAAGGCAAAGAGGGGUCACCAGGCGAUCCUGGACUCACUGGAGUAAGAGGUCCUGAAGGGAAGCCAGGGAAAAUGGGUGAGAGAGGGAAACCUGGACUCAAGGGGGCAAAGGGCAACAUGGGACACCUGGGUGAGACAGGGACAGCAGGGAAAAUUGGACCAAUUGGAGCUAUUGGACCAAAAGGGUCAAGAGGAACUACUGGACCUGUGGGUGCUCCAGGUCGGAUGGGACAACAGGGGGAUCCAGGUCUAGCUGGGUAUGAGGGUCACCGAGGGCCACAGGGUCCUAUAGGGCCUCCAGGACCUAAAGGUGUAAAGGGUGAACAGGGAGAUGAUGGAAAAUUGCCAGGUCCUCCUGGUUCCCCUGGACUUCAAGGUCGAACUGGUGACCGAGGUGACCGAGGGGAGUCAGGAGAUCCAGGAUACCCAGGUCAGCCAGGGGUGGAUGGUCUUCGAGGAAAAGCUGGUGCACCUGGAUUACCUGGUCACCCUGGUCCUCGUGGACAACAAGGCCCCAAAGGAUCAAAAGGGGAGCAGGGCCAAAAGGGUAAACAGGGUCAUCAAGGAGAACGUGGAAGUAGAGGAUCCCCAGGUGUGGUUGGCUUACCAGGGUCUAGGGGCGUGAUUGGUCGAGAGGGCCGGGAGGGCAUUCCUGGAGUGGAUGGCAUUCCAGGGAAGGAUGGAAGUAAAGGAAUACCUGGUGACCAAGGAGAUGAUGGUGUGCUUGGGCUUCCAGGGAAAUUUGGAGCUAAAGGAAAAAUGGGUGUUACAGGUUUACCAGGAGAUCAGGGUUCUUUUGGCUCAAAGGGUGAGCGAGGUCUCCCAGGUCAACCUGGUCCUUCAGGGAAACGAGGAUUUAAAGGUGGAAUGGGACUGCCAGGAGCUCAGGGAGAACCAGGGCCCAAAGGACAGACAGGAGAUGUCGGAGAGCCUGGAUUUCCGGGGAUACUUGGAAUAUUUGGUCCAAAGGGGCCUCCUGGAGACUUUGGGCCAAAAGGUAUUCGUGGUCCUACAGGGCCCCCUGGACAAAUGGGUAAAGGAGGUAUCACUGGUCCUGUUGGUAUAAUUGGCCCAGGUGGCAGUCCUGGUCCAAGAGGAGAAUCUGGUAGCAGAGGAGAUAUGGGUAUUCAGGGGCCGAGGGGUGCUCCUGGACGCCGAGGACCUCCUGGACCACCAGGACCUCCAAGUAUCCCAAAAUCCUUUCAACAGGAUGAUAGUGGUGGAACUCUAUCGGAGUUCAUUGGUUCACAUGAUGCUUUUAAAACCAAGGUGGCAGAUCUAACGGAUUUUCCCAUGGACCGAGCUCCUGAGAUCUUACAGACGCUGCACUAUCUAAGUUUGCUAGUUCUCAGUCUGAAGAAUCCACUAGGAACACAAGAUCAUCCGGCUCGUCUCUGCCGUGACCUUCUAACCUGCCAACACAAAUUCAACGAUGGCACUUACUGGAUCGACCCAAACCUGGGUUGUCCAACUGACUCUAUAGAAGUGACGUGCAACUUCACGAGAGGCGGGCUCACCUGCCUUAGACCAAUUACUGUGUCCAAGCUGGAGUUCAGACUCAGGCCUGUUCAAAUGAAUUUCCUGCAACUGCUGGGUUUAGGAGCAGAGCAACGUAUCACCAUUCACUGUCUUAACAUUACCAUCUGGAGCUCCACCCCUACUCAAACUCCUUCAAAGAAUUCUGUGAGGUUUAUUGCAUGGGAUGGAAUGAUGCUGGAACCAGAGGUGUUGGAGGAUACAUGCUGGCAACGUGAUGGACUUUGGAGGAAUGCUGUGUUUUUGUUCAAAGUGGCAGACGCCUCUCUGCUUCCCAUCAAAAACAUCUCUAAUCUGCCCAAAACCGCGACCAUGUCACGCUAUCACCUUGAGGUCGGACCUGUGUGUUUCCAGUAGUGUGUGUUCAUGCGAAUUGGUACGCAUAUGUUUGUCCAAUUUCCUCACACACAAUAAACGGCUGAAGCUACCCACGUCACAGCCGCUUUAGUAUUCAGCCACUGAUUGGACUGAAGAAACAGGAAGAAGGUGGUGUGAGUGGAGCUUCUGGGGGAUUUAGCACUAAAAGACUGUGGAGGAGAAAUCCACCCUUCUGGCCUCAGAUGUCAUAGGAGAGAAGACUCUAAAAUAUGACCCAGUUUACAUUGGUACGGGACAUCCAGGCCACAAAGAUACUUCCAUGCUCUCUCUCAUUCUGUCUCUCUCUUUCUCCCUCUAUUCUAUCUUUAUUGACUAAGUUAUUAUAAUGCUUGUCCUAAGGAAAUAUGCUUUAUUGUAGAGAAGAAUUAAGAAUUGUAUUAUA